AUGAAAACCGUCUUCAAGCUUGUCAAGUACUACUCUUAUGGUUACCUUGCCACUGAGGAAUCGAAGGCGAUACGAUCGCCCACGAGCUGCUUCGAUUCACUAUGCACAUCUUCGUUUCACUGCGGCAGCGCCAAAGCGUUGUUGCACUGGUCUCGCCAGCCACAGCAGUUCGGCUAUAAAAUAAAAUUGCAAAUACUCAACUGGCACAAUUGCAACUUAGCCACCGUAGUAAACGCGGAUACGAAUUUACUUAGAGACUUCGAAAUGCUGCAUCAAUCUAAGCGCACGCGUUGCGCACGGCCGCGGACGUUAACCGCGUUUAUUUUUAUAGUCUUCUGCUGCAUUGAUGCGUCCAGCGGGUAUGGCCAUUACGGCGGUGGUGGCGGUUAUGGCGGCGGCGGAGGUGGUGGCGGUGGUGCAGGCGCAAGUAGUUCCGCCUCCGCAAGUGCAAGCAGUUUUGCCUCAGCUGGUGCUGGUGCUCACGGUGGUAGCUGGGCGAGUGAUAACACAAUUGGUGGCGGUGGCGCUUCCAGCGGCGUUGGUAGCAAUCCAUUUUUGACAGGUAAAGGUGCGGGAAGCCCCGGCGGCCUAACAAUAUCAAUUAACAGAGAGGGCAGCGGAUUAAUAGGUGGUUUGCUCAAUGGCUUAGGAAAACUACAUGGCGGUGUUAUUGGUGCACUUGGCGGUGGAGGUGCAGGUGCUGGUGGCGGUGGAGUUGGUGGAGGUGGAGGCGGCGCUGGUGGAGGUGGCGGUGCUGGUGGCGGCGGUGGUGGUGGUGGAGCAGGUGGUGGCGCUGGAGCAGGAGGUGGCGCUGGAGCAGGUGGUGGCGCUGGAGCGGGUGGUGGUGCUGGAGCCGGUGGAUUUGGUGGUUUCGGUUCAGGCUGUGCUAGCGGUAGAUGCGGUAGGCCAAACAGUGGCGGUUAUGGCAGUGGCGGUGGCGGCAGUGGCUGUAGUGGCCCAUCCUGUGGCAAUGGUGGUGGUGCUGGAAAACCCAUUUCACCGCCGAGCUCUAUUUAUCUACCGCCUGUACAAUCUCCUGGUGGACAAAGUGGAGGCUGUCAGAGCGGAAGUUGUGGACGACCUGGCUCGCCUGGUAGUCCAGGAGGAUUAGGUGGUCCCGGCGGUUUUGGCGGUUCCGGUGGAACUGGAGGUAUUGGAGGAGCUGGUGGAUUUGGAGGAUCUGGUGGAUUUGGAGGAGCUGGCGGAUUUGGAGGAUCUGGUGGUUUUGGAGGAUCCGUUGGACACGGAGGCAGUGGUGGAGCACCUGGCGCACCCGGCAGCCCGGGCGGUUCUGGAUAUCCAGGUGGACCCGGAGGGGGCUUUGGUGGUUUUGGUGGUGCUGGUGGUCAUGGUUUUGCUGGUGGCGCUGGUAGUGCUGGCGGGCCUGGUAGUCCUGGCGGGCCUGGUGGUCCUGGUGCACCUGGUAGUUCUGGUGGUCCUGGCGGUUCUGGUGGCUAUGGUGGUUCUGGUGGCUAUGGUGGUAAAGGUGGUUACGGUGGCGCUAGCGGAAUUGGCAGUGGAGGACACGGUUCUCGAUUCCCAGGCGGUUCUGGUAGCCCUGGUAGUUCUGGUGGUCAAGGUUUUCCUGGGGGACCUGGUGGUUCAGGUGGUUCCGGCGGCUUUGGAGGCUCUGGAGGACACGGGAGCUCUGGUGGUAGUGGCGGAUUCGGUGGUAGCGGUGGAUUUGGUGGUAGCGGCGGAUUUGGUGGUAGUGGCGGAUUUGGUGGCUCAGGUGGACACGGUGGAGGCAGCCCUGGUGCUCCAGGAGGACCCGGAUAUCCGGGCGGCCCUGGUAGCCCUGGUGGUUCAGGUUAUCCUGGUGGCUCAGGAGGUCCAGGUAGCCCUGGUGGACCUGGUGGCUUAGGCGGCCCAGGUGGCUCUGGUGGUUUUGGCGGCUCAGGCGGACAUGGUGGUUCAGGUGGUUUUGGUGGUAGCGGCGGUGGUGGCAGUAGUGGUGCUGAACCUGGCACGCCAGGUGGACCGCCGAGUUUUGGCUGGUCAGGUGAAUUAGGAGGGCCACAAGUUCCAGGUUCAGGUGGUACUGGUUGUACGAGUGGCAGUUGCGGUAGUUCGAAGCCUUAUGGUGGCAGUGGUGGCAAUGGCGGUAUCAUCUUUGGACUCUCUGGCUUAGACUCAGCAAGUGCUCACAGUGGAGCGAGCGCAUCAGCGAACGCAGGAGCAGGCAGCGGUAGUCAUGCAUUUGGACUGCCUGGUUCGGGCGGAGGAGGUACUGGAGGCGGCUGUGGCAGUGGCAGCUGUGGUGGCGGCUGCGCUAGCGGCAAAUGUGGUGGGGGUGGCGGCGGCAAAAGGGGCUAUGGCAGCUCGUGGAGUACCGCCGGCUCCUAUGCCAGCGCCUCAGCCAGCGCACACUCUAGCAGCUUUGCGGGAGGCUAUUAAGUAAAUGGGAAGACGUAUUUAGCAAUAGUUGUAGUUUUACUGCUCAUUAUCGUUUGUAUGGAGGAAUGUACAACAUUUGUAAAUAUGUAUUAAUUAAUUAAGAAGCCAUAUGAUAUUUUAAUUAUAUAAAUUUUUAAUAAAAU